CAACAUUGGUCUGUCAAUUAGGGUUUCUCAGAGAAGCAAUACGCACCAGAAGCAGCCGCCAUGGUGAACGUUCCUAAGACAAAGAAGACUUACUGCAAGAGCAAGGAGUGCAGAAAGCACACCUUGCACAAGGUUACCCAGUACAAAAAGGGUAAGGACAGUCUUGCCGCUCAGGGUAAGCGUCGUUACGAUCGUAAACAAUCAGGAUAUGGAGGACAGACCAAGCCUGUCUUUCAUAAGAAGGCCAAAACCACAAAGAAGAUUGUGCUAAGGUUGCAAUGCCAGGGUUGCAAGCAUGUGUCUCAACAUCCUAUUAAGAGAUGCAAGCACUUUGAAAUUGGUGGAGACAAGAAAGGGAAGGGAACUUCUCUUUUUUAGGUGCUCUAACAUUAUCCUUCACUAUAUAUUUGAUUUGCAUUCAUGCAUUUUAGGGAUUCAAAAUUGCGGGCUUCUUUUGCCCUUUGCUUUUUGUUUGGUUUUUCUGACAUUUGUGAACUUUUACAUGUUCUUGAGUUUUGUUUAAUGUAUCAAUUUAUAAUGGGAACAACUAGCUAGCCUUUACCAAUUUUUUUUGGUGAUCGUGCGUUUUGAAUUCA